CUCACUGCUGAUUUUGCCAGUCUUCCUGAAAUGACACAACUUCACAAUGGAAACUAAUUUCCCUGAAAGAACUGUUGUUCUACUCUUUUCUUGAAUCAGGAAACCAGUUUCUGGAGUGCAAAUUAACAAACUUCUCCAAUGAGCCAUUUUAACAUUACAUUUGUUCUUGGGUUACUGGACCUGGUAAAAGGCUGCUUUUCUUUCUUAGAAGGAAUUUCUGUUUGCAAUGCAUCACUGUUUUGAUUUGGGAAGAAACACAAGUACUUCAAACUCAUCCAAGUUGGUUUUGUGUCCAGAACCAGAAUCUUGCUUUCCUGUUGGUGUUAAAGUGUUCUAGCAUGAUUUAUAAUAACUUCUUUUGCAAAAUAUCUCCAAAUUCCUCUCUGUGAUAAUUAAAUUUUUUUCACAUUAACCUGUUGGUGGUCUCAGUGUUCCUAACAGGCUGGCUUUGGUUAAGGGCUAUUUGUGUCCUCUUAGCAGUUAACAUCUACUUUUCAUCUUUCUUCCUAUAUUUAGGUUGACUGAGCAUCACAGUAAUGUUUAACAUUACUUGGAAAAAUCAGAUAUUAGAAUUAGACAACAUCUGUUUUGGUCUAAGGUGGCAGUUGCAUUCAAAGUAAGCUGUCUCCUUUUGUCUAUUAUGCCUACAUCUUUGCUCAACAGCAAAUUUUCCACAGGAAGAAACAGCAGGAAAUUCUGAGGAAGACGGUAGAAAGAUGAAGAAGAGAAGAAUGAUGUGGGGUUUUUUUUGAAGGCAUAAGUGAUUAACAGUUCCCAGGUUACAAUUGAGAAAAGUCAGUCAUAUUCCUCAUUCUGAUACAUAAACAUCUUAACUGAAGUCAAUAGCAAUUCUUUUUCUUUUUUUCCUAUUGGGUUGCCCAUUGCUGCUUAAAUUAACCUGACAAAGCUUCAAUUUAAAUGAGAUUUAGCGAGAACAGUUUAUUAGGCUGUCUUAUUUUAAAGUGUCAUAUUUGUUGCUAAUGAUUUUCUGUAACUUAAGGCUGGCUGAAGUAUGGGGUGUUUGGAUUGUUGCGAGUUUAGGUUUUGAAGGAGAAUAAUAAAAGCUCUCCCCUUGUAAGUGUUAUGCAUAUAUGUGCACAUGAUCAUACAGAGAGUUUUGUACCAUCAGAGUAGCUAGAAUGCGUGCUUUGUAUUGCUAAAAAUUGUGCUAGUCUUGUACUGUGGAAAUGUUAGGUCAAGUCAAAGAAUUGUAUGUCAUCAGAACAGGGUGAUAGUAAGUUAACUUAUCUCUACCAGCUAGAACAUAGUGCCAACUCUCUCUUUCCAUUCCUGCUCUUUGUGUUACAGAAUUGGUGGAAUUUUGUUGCUUUAGUGCAACCCAAUGUGAAAUGCAUUUAUUUAAGUGAGCGCUGACCUGUCAGUGUAACUAAUGAGUUUGAGGUCUGAACGCUGCACUAGAAAGACAGAUGAUGAACUGUGUAAAUUGACCAAGGCAUCUAAGGAACUACAAAAACCUAACGCUGUCACUUUGAGAAGACAAGAGCUGCAGAAAAAAGAAAACAAGCACUUUGGUGAACGGGAGAAGAGGAGCAGACACAUGAGCAGCACUACUCUUAGUCAGAAGGAAUCAGGCUCUUUUGCUGAGAAAAGGAAAAGAAGAUACAGUGGUCAUAUUUCUGAUGAUUGUAAUGCACAUAUUCCACGAAAGUCACUUGUAUUAUCUGAAAAGCAAAGUUUGAGUUCAACUCAGUUUUCUGGCUGCAGAAUACCCUGUGAGGAUGGACAAGAUCACAGAUCUAAUCCUAUUCUGGUAGACUCUCCAGCAGAGAGAGGCUCUAAAGACACUUCUAUGCACAACCACUUAAGCCUUGCUCACAGCCACACAGAGGACUCAGCCUCAGAGUCUCAUUCCAGAAAUUUGUCAAAGAAGCAGCUUUCUGCUGCCACUGAGGAUGUGAUUUCACCACAAGUUAGUACGAUCAGGAAAUUAAAGAUGGACAGAUCAGAGUACCUGAGCGAGCUGCGGAACAGAAUCUGCAGGGGUAAUCAGCAACUUGUUUCCAUUGACCCAAUUAUCCUUUCCAGUGAUGAUGAAGAUGGACCUUCUGAACCCCGAUGCACAGAGCUGAUGCAGGAUAAUACCACUGAAGCUAAAGAAACAGACCAACAGUCUGACUUCUGUUUCUCAGCCAGGCAGUCAGAAGAUAAGAUGAAAAGUCACACAGAAGAGUUUUUAAUUGAAGAUAAAUGUCCUCUCAGCUUACCUUCUGGAAGCACACCUAGAAAGCAGACAAACCCGGCAUUGGAUGUUGAAUUUGAUAGACUACACGUUGGGAAAUUUAAGUGUUUAUCAACAGGUCCUGCUAGGUUCACAAUGAAAAAGAUUGUGAUCCCAUUUCAGGUGUCUUCUAAGAACAUUCAGCUGACAGUGGAUACACUGGAUCUGAGAAGAUUUGGCUGGUGGAAAAGUGAUGGUGACCGUUCUUCAACAAUUAUUUUUCUUUGGUUGUCUGUGGAUUAUGUAGAAAAGAUCGAAACACAGAUGGGAAAGUUAGUUACCAGCGAGCCAUCUAAAUCCAAUGAAUUUGUAUUUUUUGAACUGUCUCAACCACUCACAGAAUGGGAAGAAGACAGACUGACUGAAGUGAUUACACGUGUCAGCAAGAGGAACAGAGCUCCAGAUCUUGCUGAGUUUUUGUCUUUGAAACAAGCAUUAUCCUUGCUUAAGGAUCUUUCUCCUGAGGAAAGCUCUUUCAUGACUUGUAAUAAGUAUCUAUUAAAGCAAUACAUGCCAAAAGAGAAUACCUCAGAUGCUUAUGAGUCUGUAAUUCAGGAAUCAAAGCUAAAAGUGAUCAGGCCCAGUUAUGCCCUUGCAAAGAAGGAGAAUAGUGGCUGCUAUUCUAUCUAUUUGUCCUCUGCACUGAAUGAAGAAUGGAAAGAAGUAAGAGAAAUGGGAGCAGUUAAGAAUUUAAUUGUUUAUCCACCCCCACCUGCAAAAGGAGGACUGGGAGUCACAAGAGAAGACCUAGAGUGCUUAGAAUAUGGAGAGUUUCUCAAUGAUGUUAUCAUUGAUUUCUAUCUUAAAUAUCUGUUAUUGGAGAAGGUACCAAAACAUAUUGCUGACCGUACGCACAUUUUUAGCAGUUUCUUCUACAAGUGCCUGACUAGAACAGAAAAAAACUCUGAAGGGGACGUCAAAGUUUCAGCAGCACAGAGAAGACACAGAAGAGUAAGAACAUGGACUCGCCAUAUAAAUAUCUUCAAUAAAGAUUAUAUCUUUGUGCCUGUGAAUGAGGAGUCUCAUUGGUACAUUGCAGUUAUCUGUUUUCCUUGGUUAGAAGAAGCUGUGUAUGAGGAGUGUCCCCCUCAGAACCCAUUAUGUCAGCAGUCUCCACUUGAGCCAGAGUGUGAGAACAGUAGAGCUGCUUCAGUGCUCUUCAAGGAUGAAGAAAAGAUGGAUGGCAAAAGAAGUUUAUUCUCUAAAGGUGACAAUAAAAUGGCUGCUUCUGCUUCAGUUCUAUAUUCAGCUAUUUCUAAAAUCUCCCUAAGUAAUUCCAAAAAGCAGAUUUGUAAAAGGCCUUGUAUACUCAUCUUAGAUUCCUUGAAAGCGUUUUCUGUGCAGAAAACAGUUCAGGUUUUGAGAGAGUACCUUGAAGUAGAAUGGGAAGCUAAACGAAAAACGCAUCGGGAAUUCAGUAAAUCAACAAUGAUUGACCUAUAUCCCAGAGUGCCUAAACAAGAUAACAGCAGUGAUUGUGGGGUCUAUUUGCUGCAGUAUGUGGAAAGCUUCUUUCAGAACCCCAUAGUUAAUUUUGAACAACCAUUGCAUCUGGAGAAUUGGUUCCCUCGUCAGCUGAUCAGGAACAAAAGAGAAGAAAUUCGAGACCUGAUCUUGCAACUGCACUUCCAACAGCAGAGUGGCAGCAGCAGCUAAUAAAUCUAAUAAGGCAGUCCAGGCAGAGGACACUGCUGUAUAAAAUAACUGGAACUCUGCUUACUGGUGUUUGGUCUUUCCCUGCCUUGCAAGGAAGGGGGAAAAAAGGCACAAGAAGAACCUUUUGUUCAGCAUUUAUUUAUUUAAAGAUUUUUUUUUUCCCACUGGUGUUGUGUGCUGGAAGGGGGAAAGGAGAAGGUUGUAAAUAAGAAUGUAAAUAUGUAAGUUAAAGGUAAUGCAUGUGGAUUGCUAGUUGAUUCUUGGAAUAUGUAAACUGCCUACAGGUAUAUGCCUCAAGGAUGUAAAACUACUUGGGUCUUUUGGAGCCUGUUCUUUAUAAUUCUGUAUAACAUGGAUGAUCAUGUCGAAGUCAAACCUGAAGACAGGAUCUGGAUCCUGCAUUGUCUCUUGAUUUGCAGCUGAUACAGAUAGAAUUAAUACUAUGUAUUGUUUUACUUUAAGGAUUUAAUAUUGACUCUAUUUAGAGAUGUAUUUUUUGUUUUGUUUCUGAUUAUAUACAGAAGUUAUCUGCAUGUGUCAGAAAAUUCUGCCAAGAUUUGAGGCUGAUGAGUUUUGAUGAUUUUUUUAAAAUUUAUUUGCCCCCUUCCUAGCAUUUUCAUAAGUGUGUUUCCACAAGUGGAAGAUGUUUGAGAGUGACUGUUGAAAUACUUCAAAGUCGGAAGUGUAUUUUCUUUUAAGUUUUUUUUCUUUUCUUGUCAGAUUUUUAGAAGCAAACUUGCUCUCAAAGUUCAUACCAAUGCAGUAUGUGUAGGCAGUAGAUUUUUAAUGCUAUUCACCUGAUUUUGGAGAAUUAAUUGCUACAAAUCUUAAGGCAUCACCUGCAUUAGCAAGGCAAGCAACCUGUGGCUUAACCUCAAAAGUCUGAGGUGUUUUACUGAAAAAUAAGGUGAUUAAGAUAAGUGAUUUACAAACGGGAUUUGUACCUUGCUUAGGAGACUUGAGUAAAGAUGACUGAAUAUUGAGUGUUUGAACUCAGACUUGAUUUGAUAAACUAGCACAAGUUCAUAAUUGUCUUAAUUUGUGUUUAUGUAUCUUUUCUUUGAACAGUGAUCACAUUUUGGUUUGUGCACUUUUUUUUGUACUCGCUGUAUGAUAGAAAGUGACUGUUCUAAAAGGAGGCUUUCUCCUCUUUCCCAUUUUUAAGUUCACUUGUCAUCUCACCCUUCAGAAGGACUCUGUGUCAGAUAACCAAAACCGCCUGUGUCAUAAAAUAGUCUACAAAACCAGAGCACUUACAGCUGGGAGUACAAUAAGGAGUUAAAAUAAAAAUUGAGAGCAACCCAAAGAUGUGAGCAUUUUUAUGUAAUUGCAGAAUUCUCAGGGCCCCUUCCCUCAAGACAACUCUGAAGCCUGGCUUUUGGAAAAUCCAGUUAUUUCAGGUUCUGUACAGUCAUCCAAUACCCUCGCCCUCCCACCUUAUUUGUUUCUCAAACCAGGGAGCAUGCUUCAGUUACCUUCUGUAUAGCAUGUGCAAUGACUUUGUUUUUUGUCUUUUUUUCUAGUUUAAUUCUGUAGUUUGUCACUACCCCUUCUUCCCCUGCCUCCCAACAUCUUUCUCUCUCAUCCCAGCAUUGUCUUUCAAGCACCUAAAUCACAAUACCAGCAUUACUUACAAGAAUAAUCUGUGUAUUUAUUGUUUAAAAAAAAAAAGGCAGAAAUGUUUCCUUUCUCUACACCUUUCUUAAUUCAAUAAUAUUUUCAGUGUUCCCUUAUGAAAAACAGUUUGGGCUUUUUCUUAUGGUAAAAUUAGGUUUUUACCAAGCAAAUGAUUCUUUUUAGAUUGACUGAUUUAUACAUGUUUAAAAGCAAAAUAAUGUAUGCAAGUUUCUAAAUUGAUUUUAUAACACCGAAAGGAUUGCCUUUUUAGAUUUCUUACAUAUGUGCUACGAGAAUGUCAAUGCGUUAGAUAUUAAAAUAAUCUCCAGAA